AUGGGUGAGAGCGGGUCCGACCCGGGUUCCGCUUCACCACCGGCCGACAUCCGGGAUCUCCUCGUCGACCUGGAAGACCCCUCUCCGUUGGCUGCCAUUCACGACAGACCCGUCGCCGAGGCAGCCCCGGAAGAAAAUAUCCCCGCCGACGCACCCCUCGAGCCUGUCCCUACCGCCUCUGCCCCAGUAAUCCUUACCGCGGACGAAUCCACUCGGGCCGACCCCGCUCCUACCGGCUCGGGCCCAGUCCCUGUUAUCCGUUCCCGACGAGCUCGUCAUGUCGCCCCUCCCUCCCACCUCCUUGAAAAGGCCGACCCGGACGCGGACGAUAUCGAGUUCUCCGUCAAUGGUGAUUCCGACGAGGACGCGGACGAGGCGAUGGAUCUGGAGAUGGAGGAGGCUGAGGAUGGCGGAGAGGGCGAAGGCGGAGGGGACAAGGCGGAUAGUGAGGACGAAGGGCUUUUGGCGGAUGCGGAUAUGCCCAUCGAGGAGCUUUUGCGGCGGUACGGCGUGCCGUCCUCCGACGAGGCCAAGGCGGAGUCAGACGACGGGACUGUACCCGUCAAAGGGGAUGGCCCGAGCUCGGUCGACCAGUCUCUUCUCGACGAGAACCUUCAUGGCGACUCCCACACCCUUCUCAACGACGGCGGAAAGCGGCAAAGACGGGCUCGUCAAGUCUGGACCCCCGAGGAUAAUCCGCCUCCCCCGCCCAAGAAGGUCAGAAUUGAGGAGGUGAAGAUCACGCCAGAGCAAACUCCCGAGCUAUCUUCAGAGGAAGAAGAAAGCGAGGAGGAGGAGGAGGAAGUGGGAGAGAUCGGCGAUGUAGCGGCCGGCGAGCGCGGGAUGGAGGUCGAGGAAGACCCGAAUGCGCCUAAAACAAGGGUACCGUUCCUCCUUCGCGGAACGCUGCGGCCAUACCAGCAUGCCGGGCUUGACUGGCUGGCGGGGCUCUACGCGAACAAUAUGAAUGGGAUCUUGGCGGAUGAGAUGGGUCUUGGCAAAACCAUCCAGACCAUCUCCCUCCUCGCUCACCUUGCAUGCGACCGCGGUGUCUGGGGCCAACACCUCGUCAUCGUCCCCACCUCCGUCAUUCUCAAUUGGGAAAUGGAGUUCAAAAAGUUUCUUCCCGGCUUCAAGGUCCUCACGUACUAUGGCUCCCAAAAGGAACGCAAAGAAAAACGGGUCGGGUGGCUCACCGAGCACUCGUGGCAGGUGUGCAUCACAUCCUAUCAGAUCGUCCUCGCCGACCAGCACAUCUUUCGGCGAAAAUCGUGGGUCUAUAUGAUCCUCGACGAGGCGCACAACAUCAAGAAUUUCCGGAGUCAGCGAUGGCAGACGCUGCUGGGGUUCAAGGCGCAGCGGAGGUUGUUGUUGACGGGGACGCCGCUUCAGAAUAAUUUGAUGGAGCUGUGGAGUCUGCUGUACUUUUUGAUGCCGCAUGGGGUGGCGGAGGAGGCGACGGCCGUGGUGGGGUUUGCGAAUCAUCGGGACUUUGUCGAGUGGUUCUCCAAUCCGAUGGAUAAGGCGGUCGAAUCCGGCGAUGUACUGGACGAACAGGCCUUAGCGACCGUAUCCAAGCUUCACACUCUCCUUCGACCCUUCAUCCUCCGCCGCCUCAAAGCAGAGGUCGAAAAGCAGCUCCCGGGCAAAUUCGAGCACGUGGUCUACUGCCGUCUCUCCAAGCGCCAGCGGUUCCUCUACGACGAGUUCAUGUCGCGCGCGUCUACCAAGGACGCACUCACGAGCGGCGGCUACCUCGGCGUUAUGAACACCCUCAUGCAGCUUCGGAAAGUCUGUAAUCACCCCGACCUAUUCGAGGUCCGGCCGGUACGCACCAGCUUUGCGAUGGAUCGGUCGGUCGCUGCGGACUUUACACCGCUGGACAUCCUCGUCCGCAAGCGGCUCUUGGCGAAGCGGGACGAGGUGGACCUAUCGGCGCUCAAUCUCAAUAUCACGUCGAACGAGAGCGUCAGCGGAUGGACGGCGUACGCUCGGCGGGGACUGGACGGGAGUGACCAUUUGCCUCACGCUAUCGAGGUGAAGCAGAAGGGAAGGCAGCCUGCUCCGCCUCCUAUGGAUCUGAGGACGGUGGAUGGAUGGCUCAAGUACCGGGCGGCCAAGGAGGAAGAAGAAAGUGUACAGCGCUGGCGGAGUCUCCGGGACGUCAACCGGAUCAGGUGUGGCUCAGGGCCGAUCUACGGGUUCACCUUCCUCUCUAUGCUGAGCGAGAUACCACAGAAGCUCUCCCCUCUUGACGCUCCUCGGACCAAGCGGGAUCUCGUUCACGAUUUGACCCCACCAUCCUCGGGUCUCAUCCUAUCCCUCGACGACCGGCGGAAACUCUCCUUACCCCUUGUCGAAAAGUUUGCCGUCAUCCCUCCCGCCGCGACCGCGCGCGACCUGGCAUCCCUCGCACUCCCCUCUCUCCAACCUAACUCGCACCCCUCCCUCCUUGAUCCAUCCUUCGACACCCUCCAUCACGCAUCGACCAAGCUCCAAAUCGCGUUCCCAGACUCCUCCCUCCUGCAGUACGACUGCGGCAAGCUACAAAAGCUUGCCGAGAUGCUUCGCGAUCUCAAAGCGGACGGGCACCGCUGUCUCAUCUUUACGCAGAUGACGCGCGUGCUCGACAUUCUCGAAAUCUUCCUCAAUUACAACGGACACCGGUACCUCCGCCUAGACGGAUCCACCAAGAUUGAGGAUCGUCAAAUCAUCACGGAGCGGUUCAACUCGGACAACAAGAUCUUUUGCUUUAUCGCCUCGUCCCGGUCCGGAGGAGUCGGCAUCAACCUGACCGGAGCGGACACGGUUUUCUUUUACGACUCGGACUGGAACCCCAGUAUGGACCGGCAAUGUAUGGACCGAGCGCACCGGAUCGGCCAGACGCGCGAGGUCCAUAUCUACCGGUUUGUCAGUAGUCACACUGUGGAGGAGAAUAUGCUCAAAAAGGCGAAUCAAAAGAGAUUGUUGGAUAAGGUGAUCAUCCAAGAAGGGGACUUUACGACCGAGUUCUUUGGACGGGUGGACUGGCGCGAGACGUUGUAUGAUGGGGAUGAGCCGAAGCGUCUCGUCGAGGAGGAAGAGAAGGAUGGAGUGGAGGAUAUACCGGUGGAGGAGGAACCAGAGGCGGAGGUUGUGGAAGAGUAUGCGCCGAGAAGGGGCGAAGAGAGGGAGUUUGCAAAGAUGGUGGCGGAGGUAGAAGAUGAGGAGGAUGUCCAGGCAGCAAGAGUGGCGCUGGGCGAAGGGGAGAUGGAUAUGGGAGACUUUGAAGCGGAUGGGGCGGCGAAGCGGGAGGCGCAGGUGGGGAAGAAGACGGCGGUCAGGUUUGAGGGUGGCGGGACGCCUAUGACGCCUGGAGCGGGAGAUGAGGGGGUGGUAGGGGAUGAGAGUAUGGUGGUUGAUGGGGAGGAAGAAGAGGAGGAGGAGGUCGGAGGGGUGGACGAGUAUAUGCUUAGAUUGGUAGAGUGGGAUUGGGCAUCUUUUGCUUCGUAUAGGUAG